AUGUCGGAAUCGUCAUCCAACUUGAACCCGGACGGAACCGAAUUCCCAGACCCGAACGAUGUUCCUCCACCAUCUGAGGAUCAAUUGACUGAAGAGGAUCUCUUCCGUAUGCGUUCUCUGACUAUAAACUCUAAAAAAGGACUUGUUGGUGGAGCCAGUGAAACCGCGGAGCAGUCCAUCAUUUCACUUGCCGAUUCUACGUCGAACUUUGAUGAGCACGUUGGGGAUGACGUUGAGCUAGAUUAUGAGCUGGAGCAAGCUCCCGAAGCCACGGAAGAUGGUUCCGUUGUCAACAACCCAGUUUGUGGAGGGUAUCACUUCGGCCGCAAAAGAGAUUUGAACUUUGUUCCGAACGUCAACACAGUAACUGUUCUCAAAUGGCCGACUAACUUGUCCAUCCCACCGUAUAAUCCGGUUCUCAAUGAUACCGAUGAAGCUUGGAAACAAGCAAUGCUCGAUUCUACAGUAUAUCUUGUUGGAACUGCACACUUCUCCAAAGAAUCACAGGAAGACGUCUCCAACACCAUUCGGGCCGUUCAACCCGAUUUUGUGAUGCUCGAAUUGUGUCCGUCGCGGAUUUCGAUUAUUUCCAUGGAUGAGGCUAGACUUUUGAGCGAAGCCAAAGAUCUGAAUACUCAAAAAAUUAUGCAAACUAUGAAGCAGAACGGAGCUAUCCAAGGAAUCCUCCACGUCCUCCUUCUCUCAAUGUCUGCUCAUGCGACUCGUGAAUUGGCCAUGGCGCCUGGAGGAGAGUUUCGUGCUGCUCAUCGCGCUGCAGUGGCUACAGAAAAUUGUCGUGUUGUUCUUGGUGAUCGUCCAAUUCAAGUCACUCUUCAGCGUGCUCUUGCAUCGCUCUCUGUCUGGCAAAAAAUCAGAUUCUUUCUUCAUGUUGCUUUUUCGCAUCGGGAAAAGAUCACUGCUGAACAGGUUGAAAGGUGCAAACAAAAAGAUCUUCUCGAGCAACUUCUUGCUGAGAUGGCUGAUGAUUUCCCGCAACUCUCACAAAUCUUCGUCGAGGAACGCGAUGCCUACAUGACACAUGCUCUUCACAUGCUUGUUCUGCGCAACGCCAUCGAGAAACGAGCUCAAUGGCUCCGUGGAACUACAGGCCAACCUUAUCAACCGCUAACAAUUGUCUCUGUCGUUGGAAUCGGACACACUCCGGGAAUCGUCAAUAAAUGGAACUCUAACAUCGAUUUCGAUCCAUUGAUGGUUGUUCCUCCACCAAGUCUUGGAACUAUUGUAUUCGGAACAACUGUUCGUAUUGUCGUUUGGGGAUCUCUGGGAUAUCUUGCAUAUCGUGGAGGACGGGCCAUCUUCAAUCGUGUCAGCACCUUUAUUGAGUCUCGUUGGUAA